GCCAAGAUCUGUGGCUACACACAUAUCAGUGUUCAGAAAUUCUACUACAAGUGGACCAUUAGCAACUUUUCAUUUUGCAUGGAUGGAAUUUGGGAACAUAUUACAAGCCCAGAGUUCUCAUUAGAGGCCAAUGAAGAAGUAAAAUGGUGUUUGAGAAUAUUCCCAAAUGGUGUUGAUGAAGAAAGCAAAGAUUACCUGUCUGUUUCCCUGCGUUUGCACAGUUGUCCAAAGAGCCCAGUUUUGGCAAAGGUGCACUUCUGGAUCAUAAAUGCCCAAGGAGAGAAACAUCAAAUAGAAGAGAUCCCAAAUAUUUUAAGCUUUAGUCCAAAACAACAAUGGGGAUUGAGAAAGUUCAUCCUUCGAGAAUUCCUCCUCUCCCUUAGGCAUUGGCUUCUCCCUGAAGACCAGCUCAUCCUGUGUUGUAAGGUGUUCAUAGUAGGACCCUCCUUUAGCACACCUGGACAUAACAUGACACCUGCAAACAAGGAUCCAAGGCAGAAGCUUACUGAUGACAUAGGAGAGCUGUGGGAAUAUUCCCUCUUCACAGACAGCAGCAUGGUGGUAGCUGGCCAGGAAUUCAGAGCUCACAAGGCCAUUCUAGCAGCUCGCUCUCCAGUUUUCAGAGCCAUGUUUGAACAUGAAAUGCUGGAGAGCCUAACAAACCGCGUGGAGAUCCAUGACAUUCACCUGCAAGUCUUUAAGGAAAUGAUGGCCUUCAUUUACACAGGGAAGGCACCACACCUCCACAGCCACUCAAUGGCCACUGAUUUGUUGGCAGCUGCUGACAUGUAUGACCUGCAGGACUUGAAGGUCAUGUGUGAGGAUUCCCUGUGCAGGAACCUCUGUGUGAAGAAUGCUGUACCAACUCUGAUCCUGGCUGACCUCCACAGCACAGAGCACCUGAAGACUAGGGUCAUGGAUUUCAUUAUACUUCAUGCUUCUGAAGUCUCUAAGACAUUGUAGUGGAAGUCAAUGGUGGAGUCACAUCCCCACUUGGUGGAGGAAGCAUUUCUCUCCCUGGCUUCUAUACAGUUUUUUUCCUUGGAGUCUUCACUCAAACACUGAAAGAGAUUUUAGGAGCUUGACAGAUAUGACCAACACCUGUCUUCUAACAGCUACAACUAGUGUUUUUAACAAUGACUUCUGUUUAGAUUACAGUUUUGCUGGAACAUUUACAGUGAAUCUGGGUCAAGGUAGCAUGGUGGCUAUGGAUUUCAUACAGCUGUAAUAUUUCAAAAUGGUGUGUGGGGAAAGGGCAGCACUAGGGUCUUGGACAUUCUACCUGACAUCUAUCCUGUUGAUGUUGUCUUAUUCUUGUCUGAUGUCUUGGAACUGGCAUUCAACUGGCCUGAAGCAGAGCCUAACUGACUUUCUUUGGAGAAACCUGUUUGCAUUGGACUGAGCAGUAUAGGUGACCUAACUUGUAUGCAUUA